CAAAGUAUCUGUACGGUACCGCAUUAUAUUUUUAUUGACCCAAGAUGAGCCAGGGACAACCUAGGAGGCCUCAACAAGCAGCAGGUCAAGGUGAGAACCAAGAGCCUAUCAAAUAUGGAGAUGUUUUCAACGUGAGCGGUGAGUUAGCCAACAAGCCUAUCGCACCCCAAGAUGCAGCCAUGAUGCAAACAGCUGAGACCCAAGUGUUGGGUCAGACCCAGAAAGGUGGAACCGCUGCUGUGAUGCAAGCUGCCGCCACGAGGAACGAACAAGUUGGCGUUGUGGGUCAUAAUGAUAUAACUGACAUUGCUGGUGAACAAGGCGUUAGCGUCGCUGAAACUGAUGUUGCUGGUCGGCGUAUAAUCACUGAGGCAGUCGCCGGCCAGGUUGUGGGACAAUAUGUUCAAGCAACACCGGUUAUGACAAGCCAAGUGGGCGCUGUGCAGCAAAACGCAAUAACCAUAGGUGAAGCCCUCGAAGCAACCGCUAAAACAGCGGGCGAUAAGCCCGUCGAUCAAAGCGAUGCCGCUGCCGUUCAAGCCGCGGAAGUUCGAGCGACUGGUUCGAAUGUCAUAAUCCCCGGCGGACUCGCCGCUACUGCUCAAUCCGCCGCGGCUCAUAACGCGACCCUGGAUCGCGAUGAGGAAAAGAUCAAGCUGAAUCAAGUUUUAACGGGUGCAACGGCGAAGUUACCGGCGGAUAAAGCAGUGACAAGGCAAGAUGCUGAAGGAGUGGUGAGUGCAGAGCUGAGAAACAAUCCAAAUGUAGCCACACAUCCAGGAGGAGUGGCAGCAUCUAUGGCGGCAGCUGCUAGGCUUAAUGAGAACGUCAACGCAUAAUAAUAUAUACAUAGCUUCAUCAUCUAUAUGUAGUUUUUUUAAGUUAUAUAUAAUGCUGGGGAAGUGAAAUCUUGUGUGUUUAAGAGAGUAUGCAGUGUGUAGCAGCUAUAUAUAAAAAUGGUGUCCUGCUUUGUAAAAUAAGCAAAAGAUGGGGUUUCUGUUUUGUUUUAAGUCAAUGGAGUGUGUGGUUGCCAUUACAGCUAAGUACUAAUUGAAGAACAUAGAUGAUAUUUACUUGUCGUUA